GCGCGGCGUCACAGAGCGCAUGCGUGCCGCGGGGGAUGCCGGGAGCGCGCAGUGGCGGCAGCGGUGGCGACGGCAGUCAGAGCGGCGGCAACAGUGGGGACGCGAGCGGGGCGGUGACCGUGUGGGAGGUGGUCUCACUCUUGGCGAAGCUGCUAGGCACCGUCGCCGCGCUGAAGGUGGUUCUGUACCUGCUCCGGGUGUGCUUAGCGAUGGCCUGGAAAUCCGGCGGCGCCAGCCACUCGGAGCUAAUCCACAAUCUCCGCAAAAAUGGAAUCAUCAAGACAGAUAAAGUAUUUGAAGUAAUGCUGGCUACUGACCGCUCCCACUAUGCAAAAUGUAACCCUUAUAUGGAUUCUCCGCAAUCAAUAGGUUUCCAGGCGACAAUCAGUGCUCCACACAUGCACGCAUAUGCACUAGAACUUCUAUUUGACCAAUUGCAUGAAGGAGCUAAAGCUCUUGAUGUAGGAUCUGGAAGUGGAAUCCUUACUGCAUGUUUUGCACGUAUGGUUGGAGCCAGUGGAAAAGUUGUAGGAAUUGACCACAUUAAAGAGCUAGUAGAUGACUCAAUAAAUAACGUCAGAAAGGACGACCCAAUGCUUUUGUCUUCAGGGAGAGUGCAACUGGUCGUUGGGGAUGGACGGAUGGGAUAUGCUGAAGAAGCCCCUUACGAUGCUAUUCACGUGGGUGCUGCGGCCCCGGUUGUGCCCCAGGCACUAAUAGACCAGUUAAAGCCUGGUGGGAGAUUGAUAUUGCCGGUCGGCCCUGCGGGUGGAAAUCAGAUGCUGGAGCAGUAUGACAAGCUACAAGAUGGCAGUGUCAAAAUGAAACCGCUGAUGGGAGUGAUAUACGUGCCUUUAACAGAUAAAGAAAAGCAGUGGUCCAGGAUUUCCAGUACUAUGUUGAAUAAAAGUGGCAAGAGUGGGCAUCCUUGUCUUGUUCCUGAUCUUAGAGGAAAAGCUUUCAGCUUUUCACCGUUGAGUAUGAUGUUAGCUGUGGGCUUGUCAUAUAUGGCCUUUAUUAUGUUGAGGGACGAACUGUAAAAGCAACAUCAGCUUGACCAGUAUAUAAUAUUACAGUGGAUUGCUCAUCUCAGUCCUCAAAGCUUUUGAAAACCAACAGCAUCACAGCUUGUUUUGGACUUUGUUACACUAUUAUUUUCAGCAUGAAAAUGUGUGGUUUUAUAGGAUUUUUAAUUCUUCAAAGAGGCAGAAAAGCCAAAUUGGUAGAGAAAGGAUGCAAAGUGUACACUUGUUCUUACUUUAACAUGCCCACAUUUUACUUUAAAAUAUUAAAUGAAAGGGUUCUACAAAAUGGGAAACUUAGUUUUUGAAUUGAUUUUGAGGAGUAGUUUUUCUUUUCCUAGACAUUAAUUCUGUUCCAAUAUUAAUUUUUCAGAUUGCUUUUGUGUAUCAGUUAACACCCCCAUUCACAGGUUAAGAGUCUUGAUUUUUGGAUGUCUGUUAGAUGCUACUAAGAAAAAAUAGAGAUGAGCUUCCUUUUUUAAAGCUUUUGAUGUGGUGUCAUAGAAUAGCAUGUUGUAGAUACAAUCAGCUGCUUCGUUAUCUUAAGACUAAGCAAUUGUAAAUAUUAAACUUUAAGAAGAUGGAAGGUGAUGUCCCUUAACAUUCAGCAGUUCAGAUUGGACAUGACUGACAUAGUUCUUCCUUUUUCUCUUUAAAAAUUGUAGGAGACUUGUAGUUCAGUAUUAUUUCUUCUGUUUCUAAUUUGCUGCUGAUAAUGUAUAUGAAUUUAACAUGCUGUGUAAGCUGUGUCCUAGUUACUGAGCAGUUUAUGCAGUGCUGCUUUGCCAAAUAAAGUUAAAAGUAAAAGAGGCAUUGGUGGUGUUUGAAUGCGGAAGAAGGAACAGCACGUCCACCAGGUACAGAAUGCUGACCAAGAUCGCAGAAAAAGUUUCUCUGAUGCCCGUCUUGUGAAAUACGAGUAGGUUAAUGGCAUGAUUCAACUAUACAUUUGUGAAAUAAAUGCGACCAUAUUCCUUGAGGACAAGGACUACACCUCAUGUAACAUUUUUCUCUACCUAACACAGGGCUUGCCCACUUGUAGAUGAGCAAUAAAUGCAGAACGAGUGAGUGAACGAAUGGACUGAAUGUCAGGGAACAGCUGGGUUGAGGAUAAAUGUACCAAUACCCAUCUCUUACCUGUAAAGGAUUUGUUAAUAUAAUGACGAUAAGUGAGUUUCUAAGAAGUCAGUAGCACUUUAGAAUCUUGCUUAAAUAUUGCGGUUUUCUACUUUUCAUAGUGGGAUCUUAGUGUCUCUCAGGGUUCGAGAACUUGAAGCAAUAUGAGCUCUAGAGCUAGCAGAACUAGCACUCCCAGCAAAGCCCUUGUGUCUGCUGAUAGCAAGUGCGUAUAAUUCUGGCAAUUAGAUGCUUAGGGCGGGAGGUACCUUUCCCCUACCCCUUAACGUCUUAAGCUUUGCUUUAAAAAUGGCUUUAAAAAUUAUGCAUACAUCUCACUAGUGUCUCUUUUGGGGUAAGGUCUUAGACACAAGAAACUAGCCUGAGUUGGUGGCCAAAAGUUGUGAGUUUCAGUUCAUCACCGGCUUCAGCUUGCUGCUGUUGGUAUUGCUUCUGGACCUAGGCCAUGAACCCUUUUGUCCAGGACUCAGUGUCAUUUGAGUUAGUUUCAAAGGUUAAGUAUCCUUUCAGACUUUAAAUUAAUUCUUAAACUAAUUCACUAGUCUGUAUCCUUCAUAGCCAUUGUCGGCAUUUUAUUAUAUGUAGAUCUCUCUGUUCGGUCUUGGGAUAGAAAACGGCCCUUUCGAAGAGUUUACAGUCUCGUUGACGGGACAGUGCAUAGAUCGGAUAGCACAAAGUGCCGCCUUUUUGGUAUAGGCAAAUACUGUGCCAAGCAUUGCUCUUGGACUUUUACAGUUUUGUGAAUUAAAAUUUUA